UGCAGUCAGAUGUUAGUUCCUUAGAACAUCUCAGCCUCAAGACCAGCUGGAUCUGUUCCCUGCUAGAGCCAGGACUAGAGGACUAGAAAGCCAUUUCAUAGAGAUAAUCGUUGCCUCUGAAGAGGGGUCAGGGAGUACUGUGGUUCAUGAUGGUGUUCCCUGGAAAUGAGAGGUUAUCACUUUGCUUUGGAGAAGAUAACUUGGUGAAUUGGCUAUCAAUGAGAGAUUCCAGCCCAUUGCUUGCUGCAUCUUCAAUGAGGGAGCAGAAGUUUUGGCAGGAGCACUACAAUGAAAGGAGCAGUAUUCAAGAGAUCCAGAAACAAAUGAGGCAGAUCAACUUAGGCAAAAAGAAAUGCAAACCCGUCAAUACUGUCAUUCACGGCCAAAAGGGCAAGAUUGAGAAUAUCUGCACCAAUCCCAACAGCAAAAAUGUUCCUUGCAAAAAUGGGUGAGACAAUUGCUUUAAGGGCCCGAACCCAUACUCUGCCACCAUCUGUCAUGAGACGGGAAACUCAAAACCCGGUAAAUGCCGCUACCAUUGUACCAAGAAAGAACCAGUCAAAGUCACCAUGGCCUGUGAGAAUGGGAAGCCUGUCCACUUUGACCGCAUCCAAAAGGGUUAUAAAGAAAUAAUUCCGAAGAAGGAAGCCAACACUUGAAACCAGAGCCCAGACUCAGUAAUGCUUGGGGACUUUUCUCUAUUACUAUGCAAGCUUGCAUCCUGUUACUGCUAGGGUGGCAACUUCUCUCUGCCUUUUCAUGAUAGCAGCCUUUGACUGGCCUCCAAGGGAGUCUGAAUCCAUACCCCUUCCAGAUUCUUCCUGCCUCAGCAUAGCUAUUCCCUGUCUUCAUUUGAAGCAGAUUGUUUCAUUCUGUUUUGCUUUGCUUUGCCCAGUUUUUCCAAAAAUAGACUUUGCUACUAGGAAGGGAAUUAUGGUUUUCAUGUCAAUCAAUAUGAUAUGUGUAACGAAUAUACUAAUAACUUAGACUUGUCAGAAUUGCCUCUUCUGGCUUGCGAUGCAGCUCGAAACGCUCAAUCAAACCUUGACAAUGCUCUCACAAUCAUUGCAUUCUUGUGCUUGUGUACCUUAAGUGAAAUGAAUCAAAGAACCUGUUGCAGUCACAAACCUCUGGUCCUGGGAUCCACCAAGUAACAGCCCAAGGACCUGAAGCAAUGUUGUUCCCACAGAACUUCAGGACCCCUACCUACCUCAGUGAUUGCGGGACUUGUGGGCUUGUUGUGGGAAACGAUUGCUUGUAACGUCCCUUCUUCCUUCCCUUCCCACACGUGAUUUAUGUAUAAAACCUCUGUCUUCACUUCAGCAAGGUAGAAGGCCGAUCAGGAAAAUUCCUGAUUUGCAAAUCCAUUCCUCAUAAUGAAACUAACUAAUUAAACAGCUAUCUGAUUACUGGCACUUUAUGUCUGGCCUGCAGUUUCGUCAUUCUCAGGUUAGAGACUGGCUCAGUAAAAUCCUG